AAAAGCAGAAAAUAGUGAGACUAAUUCAACUUUGUCAAUAAACAAUCCAUUCUUGUGCUCAACUUCUCAUUCUAUUCAUCCUCAUUUCCCCGCCAAACAAUAAACAAUUGCAAUUUGCAACUUUCCACCAAAACACCGAAACUUCUUACGUGAUCCAAAACCCCUAACACUUUCUAUGCUGCUAUCAAAUAUAAAUUUCUCUGCAACAAUUUCAAUUUCGCCAAAAUUGCUGCUACUUUUUUCUUGGAUUUUAAUGUUGCCAAUUUCAUCUAAAUUUCUGCAAUCUAAUCAUCAAAAUGAAUUUUCAAACUUUACAAGAGAUCCGCUGUGAAUCGAUACCAAUUUCUUCUGGUUCUGAUGAUCCCAAAAAUGCUCUUUUCUUUCAUCGGUUUCCAGAACAAGGUACUGAUUCCGUUGACCACGCUGACAUACAUUAUUGUUCUAUACACAGCAAUGAUGUUGCAACUGUACAGUGUAUAGAAUGUGUUAAUUAUGGACUGCCUGUCAAACACAGUUAUCACUGCUCAAACAAGUGCUUCCUAGAUGCAUGGAAGAACCAUUAUUUGCAUCAUUAUAAUGCAAAUGUUAGCAAAUCUUGUAAUGAGGAUACUAAAGCACGGGGAACUCUAAAUAGAUGUAAUUCUUGGCCACCUGGUGAUAUGGUGUCAUGGUUUGAUGAAAAGAUAGAAGUGGUUAUACCAACAGGGAGGAUGUGGGUUAACAAGUUGGGCCCUUCAAAUGCUUUAAUACCAUCAGCUGAUGGUAUUGGCUUUAGUUUUAAGCUCCAAUCUGAAGCUGCAGUGUGUGCAGAAGAGACCCUCGUGACAGACACUACCAUUCAGAAGCUAAAUUUCUCGUCUCGUUCUCUUAUUUGGCUACCAGAUUCACUAAAUACUGAGAAGCAUGACUUUACUAAAAAGGUUUCUAAAGUUGGCAGUUUUAAGGUUCUAACUUAUAAUAUUUUGUCCGACAUAUAUGUUUAUGUGGACAAAUAUCCUUACUGUCCUGAAUGGGCUCUAACAUGGGAAUACCGCCGGAAAAAUCUGCUUUGUGAAUUGAUAAACUAUAAUGCAGAUAUUUUGUGCCUGCAAGAGGUUCAGAGUGAUCACUUUGAGAACUUCUUCAAGCCAGAGCUAGAAAGUUUUGGUUAUUUUGUUGCCUACAAGAAAAAGACUAAAGAGGUAUACACAGGUAGUGGUUAUACAAUUGAUGGAUGUGCCACGUUUUACCGCAAUGACAUAUUUAAGGAGGUUAUGUCCUAUGAGCUUGAGUACAGUAAGUCUGCAUUGUCACUGAUGGAAAAACUGGAACUGAGCUUGAGGGAUCAUGCUAGAGUUCGACUGAUUAAGGACAAUAUAGCUCUUGCUGUCAUAUUGGAGGUGGUGGGCAACUCUGCUGAGAGUGCCGCAUCUUCCAGACUCUGUGUGGUCAAUACUCACAUAUAUGCUGGUAAGGGAUUCCCAGAUGUGAAGUUACUUCAGGUUUCUGAUCUUGUCAAUGAGAUAGAAAAGACUAUUGACCCAAAAAUGCCUCUCUUUAUAUGUGGGGAUAUGAACUCUUUUCCUGGAAGUGAUCCUUACAUUCUGCUCACAAAGCAUGAGGUGGAUAUUGCAUGUGCAGAGGCACCUGAUCCACUAUGUAUAUUUCAGCAUCUCAAACUUCACCAUUCAAUGAAAUUGGCCAGUGCAUAUGCUUCAACAUUUCCCAAGCCUGUCAAUGAUAUCAAAAGAAGAAGGAUGAAAAUGAAGCAUUCUAAAACAGGGGAGCCUCUUUUCACCAGUUUAACAUCUUUCUAUGGUAGCACCUUGGAUUAUAUCUUUUACACAGUGGAUAGCUUGGAAGUUGAAGGGCUCUUGGAGCUCCCUGACUUUGAGAGUGUGGGAAGAGCGCUUCCCUCCCCUUUGUGGUCGUCAGACCAUAUUGCACUCAUGGGAAGCUUUCGAAUUACUAGACCAUUCUUGGUGAAAUUGCAAGGUGCAUAUGAUGAGACUGUUUUAGAGAGAGAAGAAGAAAACUGAUUUUGGAUGCAAGUUUCGGGGAAGAAAAGCAGCAUAGCAGCUUUGGCGCAGCGUAUGGCAUUGUGAGUCUGAAUUGCUUCCCCCAUCAUCCUCUGUUAUUUCUCUCUGGAAGUUUGAAAAUGUAAAAGGACCGCCAAGUUUUUGACUGUGAAAAGAGAAUGAGGAGAGAGAGCAUUUGUAUACGAAAGCUAAUCAGUGACAUGAAAUGGUGUGUUGAAGGCUUAAAUUAAAGCCCCUAAAAACUACUUGUAAAUUUGUAAUACAAGCUAUACAACUAUACAAGUAUGAAAUCUUGGAUUAGUGA